AUGCCUGAAACACAAUUCAAGAUAUCUCAGCUAAACGGCCAGACCCGUCUUGUUGAAUUUCCAGACAUUCCAACUUGGGAGGCUCUUGCAUCCAAGUUGGAGCCCCUUUACGCUAUCCCAUCUGAAAAGGUGGGAGUUACCUACAUCGACAACGACAAUGACGAAAUCACUCUGUCCUCGAACGAUGAGCUACAGAACUUCUAUCGACGUUCUCACCUUUCUGAUAAAGUCAUCAAAUUCAAAAUAUUCGACCUAACGUCGGCCCCAGCUGGUGGCGAGGGGAAACAGAACAUCACGCCAUCCAGCUCCAUGGAUACUGUCAAUGACAUUGAGGAGAAAGUCAAAGCAGAGCUUCUGAUACUUGAACCAGCAGUCAGGUCAUUUCUAAACAAUCCAGAGUUACCAGCUUGGGUUCCUCCUCAGUUUACUGUGCCAGACUAUCAGGAGUUUCUGGCAAAGCUGCAGAUACCAAUGUAUCGCAAUCACCAACCAAGUCUUUUACUCCAUGGUCUUGAUAAGUGUGAUGGUCAGAAAAUUAAAGAGGCGUUUGACAAUGAAACACCCAUAUGCAUUGUAAACACAUCUGGAUCGGGUAAAACCCGGCACAUCAUGGAAGCCCUCACAGUAUUCUGGGGGUUUUACGUAGUCACAACUCGGGAUGCAAACGGUGUUGGCAUUAGGGAUUUGCAAGAUGCGUUAGAAUUAAUUGGUCGUUAUCGGCAAUGGGUCCCUGACCUUCAUCAAGUUCCUGCCGAUAAUCGUGCUGCUCAGGAUGCCAUAAAUAACCAAAUUGCAUCUAGGGCCUUUCGGAGAGUCCUGGCUGCAAGGAUAGUGGUCUUCGAGCUUUUUUUACAGGUUGCUAUCCAGGUUGAUGGGUGCUUGCAGGAGAAGCAUAAGCGAAUUUGGCUUCUCUUUCAGUUGUUUGACCAACUAGAUCCUCGGGGUGGGGCCUUGCACCCAUUUACCUAUAUCAUCAACAAGCUCCGCAAUGCCUCGGAUGAUGCACUCGAUAAAUUGAUUGUUCACCUAAGCAACAUCGUAACGACGUAUUUUCCUUACUCCCGGCUCAUUUUGGGACUUGACGAAGCACAAUGGGCUGCCAGACUAUAUCCCCGUUCUGGCAUGUCAUCCUCCAACCCUGGAGCAUUUCGAUCCAUAAUCCGUGAGAUGGUUAGAGCCUUCAGCAAGGCACAAGUCAAGCUUGUUGUGUCAGGUACUGGUGUGUCGCUUGCAGACCUCGAGGAUAGCGUAGUAGCCUCGGGAGUUGGGAAACCUCGUCAUAUAAUUGAAGUGUUUCAUGAGCUUGGGAUGUUUGAGACCUGGCCGGAAUUUAGGGACUUUCUUCAACGCUACAUCCCAGUGUCUCUUUUGUAUAAUGCUUCAGGAUAUCAUCUCCAACAACGGAUGCGAGAAUAUCUUAUGGGUCGAUACCGAUUUUGCGUGUCAUUUGUAGAAUGCUUCCUGAUGAAUGGGCUGCAUUCACCACACAAAUUGCUGAAUGAGUAUCUGUAUGAACAUCUCGAUUGUUUUCCAGGCGAUAUUGGUGACCCCUUCAUUUCGGAUGAACCUGAUCUCCAUAUUAAAGUCACAGUGAAGGGUUUUGACUGGGAUAGGCUCCAGUUAGAUUCCAAUGCGACUCAGGAAGCACUAAGCAUUGUCCGAUCACACAUGACUAGAGGACAAUCUCCGCUCUAUGGACCUGUGACUGCCCGUCUGGUCGAAUAUGGCAUAGCUCGUCUUCGUCAAGAUCCUCGUCGUCAAGAGCAUCAUGGGCAUAUAGUUGAGCCCCUUGCAUUUUUGUCAAUUAUGCGAUGGCUCCAGCGCCACAGCACCACCAGUGUGGCUGCAGAUCUGCGGCGAGAAGCUGCUGACUCUUCCGGCUCGCGCGGAUAUGCUUUUGAGCAUGCUGUGGCUCUCUACUUGCUUCAAAGGCUGCGAUAUCCAGUCCCCUUGAGCACAGUCUUUGAUUUUCAUUCCGAACACACGCCUCCAUGGGCAAAUGAAGAGGCCCACCUUGUUGCAAGACUUGAUGGGGCUGGUGUACCUGUGGAUAUUACAGGAAAGGCUCCACAGAACCCAGGUCUUGGUGUUGUUGUUUAUGCAGAAAGCAUCAAUGAAAUCAUACACUGGAUCGAAGGUCCUGAUUCUACCCCAGCUAUCCUUAUUCCAAGCCCCUUAUUUGGCCCAGAUAUUUUAACAAGGGUCAAGCUAUCAUCAUCAACAUCGCUCACCAUUCUGAUGGGCCAAGACAAAUCCUACACAACCGGAAACAAAGAAUCUUUAGAUUCAGCAACACUCAGUAAUGCCCUCAUAUCUAUGCAUCCAGACCACUGGUUUAAGUUGAAUCCUCAACGUCAGAAACUCAUUGAUGUGAUGAAAAAACACAAUGUUCUCCGGUUCGUAGCAGGCUAUCCAUUGCCUCCCAAUCUCAACGCAACAGCAAAGUCUGUCAAAAAGGCUAUCAGUGGAUUCGACUCAAAAGACGCACUGGCAUCAACUAGAUUUGAUGAUUUACGACAACAUUUCAAGUCAGAGGGGGCUGUAGAUGUGCUCGAACCGAUGGACGUUGCACUCACCUACAAGCGAAAAGCAGGUGAAAUUAGCUGA